UGCUUGGCGACUAAGACCAGGAACAAGAACCAGGCUUAAACUUAGUCUUUAAUCUCAAGAAAAUUCUUGGCAAUGACAGAUACCCUUACACCGGGAACCGCUGAUAAGAAGUUUAACGAAGACAUUAAGAUCUUCGAGAAUGAGCUGACUAAGGAGCUGGAUGAAUGGAAAAAUGCUGGGAAGGAAGAAAAGAAGUUUGCCCCUACAUUUCAGUUGCUCAGAGAUCUCAAGACGUACAUCAAAGACAAUGAUUUUAUCCUUCAUACUAACAACGAGUGUGUGCAUCAGUUUAUCUUACUGUUCUACAAAAUCGACCAGCAGAGGUCCAAUUUCAUAUUCUGCCAGCUCCAGGAGUACAAAUGCAUGCUGAUGCAGAUGAAGCGAAACCCAAAAAUUUGGGAUUCUCUCAGUUUUGAGAGCCAAGAAGACUUCAUCAAAAGGAUUUCAGAAUCCACGAGGAAAAUGGAUGAACUAGUUGAAAAACAAAAGCAAGCAAGAAGAACAGCUAGAGGAAGAGCCAUGCGUAAAAGGAGAGGCUUGAUUCGUCAAGAAGGAAAGCUAUCAGGAGCAAUGUACAACCUUCACAAAGACGGAGUCAACAAUAUAGUCUAUGAAGGUCUGUUCAGAAACGAGCAGAAAAAGAGGCUCAAUCCGAUCUUGAUAAAUAGCAACAAGCUAUUUGUUUCUGAUGGUACUGAAGGAAAAGCAUCUUCUGGUGCUUGCCUUCCAAUGACAUUGGAUCAGAAGGAAUUCGAGAGGUAUAAGAAAAUGAGAGAGGAAAAUCCACUUUGGAGCUCAUACAAAAUGACAGAAGAAGAUAUGAAGACAAAGGCUGAAUAUGUCAGACUUAUGGGAGAAUCUGACAGAAAUGGAGAUACCUUAGACUGGUACUGCAGCGAAAACGAAUCUGAUAGUGCCUCAACUGACCAGAAUAGAAGUGUUAACACCAAGAUGACUGAAGAUUCAUGUGAUACUGGCUCAAUUGCUCUUUCGUUUAAAGAAAGGAUGGAGCAGAUCAAGAAAGGAGAUGAAGGAAAUACUACAGAUGAGAAUUCUGUAAAGACUUCUGACACUCUUACUAAGAAGGCAAAAAGACUACCUGUUAAUGCUGAAGAGGACAGAGAGAAGGAAGCUCUCAAAAAGAGAGAAAUUUACAAGCAAAAUCUUCAGAGAGAAGCUAAGGCUAAAAUGCGAGGAAUUUCUAUGGAAGAGCUUCUCAAAGAAGAAGCUGCAGAGAAAGAAAAAGAUAAGAAAGAUACUCAAGUAGCUCCUACUGAAAAAAUUUGCAAACCAAUAAAGAAAGAUAUUUCUGGGUCAGAUUGAGACAUGGAAGAAGAGACCAAAGAUACAAAGAAUACUCAAGUGAAGGAAGAAGAUAUAAGGAAAUUAAACAAUGCGAUUCAAAAUGAUGAUGAAAUGGAAACUCUCAUCAAGGGACAGGAAAAGAAAGAUAAAGUGCAAUCAGCACAAAAAGCUGAUAAGUCCUCUGAUAUAGAAAUGAAAGAUGAAAAUACAUCCGAUUCUAAGAAUGAAGGAAAGAUUUCUUCAAACAAGAAGAAGAGAAAAGCUUCUCCAGAGAAAGGAGGAAAGUCAUCUCCUAAGAAAGAACUAAAGUCAUCUCCUAAGAAAUCAGGGAAAUCCUCACCAAAGAAAUCAGGUAAACUCUCUCCUAAGAAAAAGAGCAAAAUAUCUAAAAAGAAAGAGUCAAAAUCCUCCCCAAAGAAAAAGAUUUCUAAACCAGAAAAUGAAGAUAAAAAUCCCCAGAGCAAGUCUAAUCCAGAAGAAAAAUCUGAAAAUUCUUCUUCAGACAACCCCUCCGGUACUUCUUCUAAAAACACAUCUCCUAGAAAGUCGAAAUCAAAGUCAAAGUCCAAGCCAAAAUCCCCAAAGAAGAAAAAGCUUAUCAAAAAGAAGAUCAUAACCAAGCGAUCUCCAAAGAAAUCCAAGCUAAAGUCCAAAUCUAAAUCAAAAUCCAAGCCCAAAUCAACCAAAUCCGUUCUCAAAGAACGAAAGGCGACUCCAGGCAAGCCUGCAGUUAUUAAGAAGAAGGAAAAGACUGCUGAGAAAUUGAGUAAAAAGAGUAAGAAGAAAGUGAAGAAGAGGGUCAAGAAGGGACUGAAGAAGUUAGAGAUGGCCGAUUUGGGAUGUUCCAAGAAGGGAAAGAAGGUGAAGGUUAGGAAGACGUCACUGGUGGAUACUGAGAGUGCCAAGAAGAGCUCCCAGACUACUUUGGAGAAGGGAAAUUCUGAACAGGAUGGAAGUGAAGCUGCUGAUAUUGCGAGAAAGAAGAGAAGGGAUGAAAGGAGAAGAAAAUUACAGAAAAGAUUACAAAGAGACCAAGAAGCCAAGAGAAAGAAGGAAGAAAGAGAAGCUAUAAGCAAAAAUAUGGGUGUAAAAGUUCCAGAUGCCGAACCUAGCGAAACAAGUGAGGCCCCUUCUAAGAAGAAAAAGAUGAGCAAGCUUGACUUAAUAAAAGCCAAAAUGAUGUAA